AUUUCACCAUCAAUUGCGUGAAUCGAAACGCAGCGCUUAAAAACCAAAAACAAGCAGUUGGCGGUGGUGGUGUCGAAAGAUUUGACUUUUUGACGUAAAUUAUUCGUGUAGUAAAUAUGGCUGACGAACUCAAUGUUGACAGUCUAAUUCACAGACUUUUAGAAGUUCGAGGAUGCAGGCCUGGCAAGACUGUGCAGAUGUCGGAGUCAGAGGUACGAGGCCUAUGCACCAAGUCCAGAGAGAUAUUCCUGCAACAGCCUAUACUACUGGAAUUGGAAGCACCACUCAAAAUUUGUGGUGAUAUACAUGGUCAGUACACGGAUUUACUACGUCUGUUCGAAUAUGGCGGCUUCCCUCCCGAAGCUAACUAUCUAUUCCUGGGUGACUACGUGGAUCGCGGCAAGCAAUCCCUGGAGACGAUUUGCCUUCUGCUCGCUUACAAAAUCAAGUAUCCUGAGAACUUCUUCCUUCUCAGAGGCAAUCAUGAGUGUGCUAGCAUAAAUCGCAUUUAUGGUUUCUACGACGAAUGCAAACGCCGAUACAAUAUCAAGCUGUGGAAGACAUUCACAGAUUGCUUCAAUUGCUUGCCAAUAGCAGCUAUCAUUGAUGAAAAGAUUUUCUGCUGCCAUGGUGGCCUCUCUCCGGAUCUACAAGGCAUGGAGCAAAUCAGGCGAAUAAUGAGACCCACUGAUGUUCCCGACACAGGGCUGCUCUGCGACCUAUUAUGGUCAGAUCCAGACAAAGACGUACAGGGUUGGGGUGAGAAUGACCGCGGCGUGUCCUUCACGUUCGGUCCCGAUGUCGUCAGUAAAUUCCUCAACAGACAUGAUCUGGAUCUGAUUUGUCGGGCUCACCAGGUAGUGGAAGAUGGAUACGAAUUCUUUGCAAAGCGACAACUGGUGACACUCUUUUCUGCGCCCAACUACUGUGGAGAGUUUGACAAUGCGGGUGGCAUGAUGUCUGUUGAUGAAACACUCAUGUGUUCUUUCCAGAUACUGAAACCAUCUGAGAAGAAAGCAAAAUACCAGUACAAUGGCAUAAACAGUGGGAGGCCGGCCACACCUCAACGAUCACCACCUAAGAAGAAAUAACUGACGUUUGGGAUCCAGUGUGCUGCACAGUGAGAGGAAUGCUACAAAUAAUUAAUUAUAUCAUGUAUUAUAAUUAUUAUGUUUAGUAUGGUCAUUAGACAUAGCCGAAUAAUAAUAUGUCGCGUAUUGUUAAAAUUUAUUUAUCGAUUUGCUUGUGCCUUCUUAUUUUUAAUUUAUAUUAUUAAUGUGAGUGAUAUUAAUUUAUGAGUUUAGUUCUACAGAUUGUAUUGAGCUGACAUUAUAUAUUCGGCGAUGCCUCGGUGACUAUUGCUUUUUCGAUCCCUGAUUAUAAGGCAGCCUUUGAAGUGGUAUUGUAUCCUGUUGUGUUAUUGUAACAUGUUGAUGUUGUAGUAAAUUGUUUCGUUAAUUUUAAAAUGUUUGAGGUGGCAAGCGAUCUUAAAGAUGCGGGCAUUGGAGACGAAAGCGUCGUUACAUUUCAUAUUAACUAUUUAUUAAGUUGUAGUGGAUCGAAAGCACAUUCGCUUGGUUAAUUCUGUAACUAAUGUGCCUAUAAAUGUAAAUUAUAUAUAGGUCUUGAGUAAGUGACGAUAAUUGGUUAAUUUGAAAUUUCUAGUUUUAUCGGAUUAGGCAAAAAUAAAUUAAUAUGAAUGAUCGUCCAUGGAACUGUCCUCUGAUUAUUAUUUUAGUGAAUGAUAUUUUGUUUUCUCUAUAAUCCUAUUGUGGAGCUGGCCUAAGACAUGAUAUUAACCUUCACCUCGUCAUAGCAAUAAGUGUUUUUCUGUUCUAGGACUCCAUUGCAAUCACUUAUGUGUUAAGAGGGAGUGAAGUACCCAGUGAAAUUAUCUUUAUUUUGCACUCAGUAUUAUUCUUACCGAUUAAGUAGAUGUUUCAAAAUUCGAUGAUGUUCAACAUGAUCUCCCUUAUCUGAGGCUUUCACUUCAAACUUUACGGUUAAGUCUCAAAAUGAAUUGAUAUAAUUUAUAAAAUGUGGUAGAAGCAGUGUAGUCCUCGCAACAAUAGUGCAAUUGCUGUAUUAUUACUGUUAUAUUAUAAAAAUUAUAUGCAGGUUUUGCAUUGUACAAUUUUAUUUUUUAGCUAUGUAUGAUUUUUCAUUAAUAAAUAUCACUAUUUAAACUAAGAGGUUUAUUUUUAUUUUAUUUUCAGUUUGGUUUGCAUUUACAAAUGUAUUUUUGUUUAAAACUAACAUUUUAUGUAUUUACUAAGAGAGUAAAUGUGACUUAAUCUAUAUCAUACUUUUACAUUACUUGAUGCUUUUUAAAUUUGUUGUUCAUAGAUUGCUAUAAAGUGUAUUUCUGUUCUUAUUUUAACUCUAUACUGUAAAAUAAUUAUUAGCUGGUACA